CAAUGGCAUGGCCCCUCUCAGGCUUCUCUCUGCAUCUACCUUCGCCUAAACAUGGUGGUUGUGUUUAGUUCAAUCAUAUGAAAUCAUGUGUCAAAUGUUCCGAUGUGAGCAUUGCUAAACCCCUCUUCGUAUUUUUCCUGUAUAAAAUCGUAAUGAUAAAAUUGGAAUUAAUAACUGUGAGUGCGUAGAACACGGGGUAUGUUUUUUAACCGGCACAGUGUUAAGGUUAUAAAUGUUGAUUUUGAAACAGAAGUGAAUUUUUAAGUAUACACAAGAAGAUUGUGGUGACAAAAAAGAGAGCUGUCUAAAUUUCAAUACCUUUUCUAUCAAGCUUAUUAUAAAUAUAUAUAUCUAUAAGACAAUUAUGACUUCGUUUGUGGCAGAUGUACUGGCUACAGUAGGAGAACUGGAAAAGGAGAAUCUUCAUAAAAAUAUUUAUGAAAUACAGAAUGAGAUAACAAAGCUAGAAUAUGAAGUCAAAGACUUCAUGGGUGAGAAUUAUGUUGAGUUUAGUGCAAAAUUGACAAGAGAUGUGAAUCUGGUAAAAAAGACUGAGCAGCUAAUGGAGGAGCUAGAUAUUUUGCAGAGCAGAAUAAAUGAUCAAGUAAAAAUAGAGCUGUCUGGUUUAAAGAAGGAUUUGAAGACUCUAUUAAAGAUAUUGACGGAAUCAAAAAUUAGCUUACAAUUGUCUCAGCAGUUGAUAAGCCUGCAUAAAUGCAUAAAAUCUAUUAAAAAGACACAAGAGGAAAAGCGGUACAUUGAUACUGCAAAGGCUCUGCAGGAAAUGCAAUCCUUAUUGGAUAAUCCUCACAGUCUCCUGCAAGAACUUGAAAUAUACGCAGCAAUUAAAGAUGAAUACUGUAAUCUUUUCCGCUUAUACUUGGCGGAAGUGUCCAGUCUCUUGCAGGAUCGAAUUCGCUGGAACAGCGACGAAGAAAAUGGCAAAACAAUUACCUCUAUCACAAUAAACAAUGAGUAUGAUGAUUUGCAGGAAUUAAUACAAGGACUGCAUAUCAUUGAUAAUCUUGAAAAUGAUUUACAGACGCUAUCGACAAAAUUGAUUGAUUGUAUAAUCAGUCCCAUUAUUUAUGAUCACUGCUCGGUGUAUGUCGUCAAGGAGACAGUGUUCACUGUCAAAAUAGUGGAAAAGAAAAAGGCGCUAUGCUACAAAGGUGUAUUAUACAAUUUGAAAUUGUUUUUUAAAUUCUUUCAUCAACAUUUAAAUCUGCUGGUCACAGAGAACUCUUCACAUGACACUUUUCUCAAAAGAAUGCAACCACAUUUGCUGGAGCAACUGUCGGAUUUGUUGACAAAACAUUGUAUCUCGCACACCAUUCCGACUUCUAAUGCAGACCUGAAAAACUUUGAGCCUGUCGUCGAGGCGAUUAACGAAUUUCAAGCUUAUUUAGUAGAAAUUGGGUUUCUUUCCAAGGAUCAGCUCUUUCUAUCAGAAUAUACCAACAAUAUUGACAAGCUUUUCAUUGACAGAAUAUGUCAAGACUUGUUAGUUAAAGCUAGAAGUAUAAUGAGGAAAGAUCUGCAUGAUUCUAUUCGAUAUGAGCCACAGGAUCCGCCUAAUCUUAUCAACAAAGCAUUUGAAAAUAGCCAAUUUUCUAUUGAAAAGAAGUUAAAUGAUAUGUCGUUUCACCUACCAAAAUGUCAAAUAAGCAAAAGUGCACAAGAAACGUUGGAAUUAGCGAGAGGAAUAUUGAACGAAAUGCGCGAUAGUUCGGAUGCUUGCGCUAUCAGAUUAUUUUACACAUGUAGAAAUAUAUUUGAAUUGUACGUUGGACUGGUGCCGGAACAUCAUAAAAAGUUUCUGGAAACAAUUCCGCAACAAGUUGCUCUGUUUCAUAAUAAUUGUAUGUAUCUUGCCCACCACCUGCUCACAUUGGCGCACGAAUAUAGAGAUAAAUUUUCGGAGAACUUACAAAAAUUGAAUUUAACAUUCGCGGAUCAAGUGACGGUACUGCGGGACAUUAGUUCAGAAUAUUUCUUGGCACAUAUGAGAUAUCAAAGAAAUAUAAUUUUCGAUAUCAUAAAGGAUUCAGGUUUUUCGGGACUAGGCCAAACGCCUGAAUUACAUCCUAGUACCGAGCGUGCUCUAAGACAAUGUAUCAGACAGCUGGAAUUAUUGAAGACAGUUUGGCUGGAUGUAUUGCCUAUAAACAUCUAUUGCAAAGCUGUUGGAUGCAUAACGAACUCCAUGGUUGACGAUUUGACAACGAAAGUCAUAUCUGUCGAGGAUAUUCCAGCUGCUGUAGCUACAGAACUGGUAACUUUAUUUAAUAUGGUGGUGAAACGCACGCCGCAAAUAUUUCCUGAUCAACAAAUUCAACAGCAUGUACGUAAGUGGGGAAAAUUUUUGGAGCUGAUUAAAGUGCUCGGUGCGUCGCUGAAAGAAAUUGAACUUCGUUGGGAAAAUGGAAAAGGACCGUUAGCACAGGAAUUCACAGCUUUACAAGUAAAACAACUUAUUCGGGCGCUAUUCCAGAAUACUGAACGAAGAUCUAAUCUUUUAACUUCUAUAAAAUAAAAAUAUAAAACAUAUAUAUAUAUAAUAUGACGAAUAAAUAGCCUAAAUUUAUAUCAUAUAUUCAAAUUUAAUAUGCAAGAUAUCUCCCACAAGAUGCAGAAAAUCAUAUAAUUUUAUAUACUUUUGUAUGAAGAAAUACAUGUAUAAAAAAUAAAA